AAACCUCUGGUUAUGUCUGUACAUGCAGCAUGAUUCAGAAAAGAAACCCGACACUGCGGAGAGGGGACUGGGAGCACACGGUGAACAAGCAGACCAGCAAAGAGAAGUCACUGCUACUGAAACCUGUAGCGCGCCUGUAGUAUUCGUACAGUAUUCCACUGAGGAAACGUGUGGGAUAAACGUGUGCAGUGUUGUACAAGGGGUUAAAGACAAGGUAAAUGUAGUUUUGUUUAGACAAAGUGUUUCGUUACCCGGGAAAACCCACGCCUGUGCACUUUGUAAUAGAAGAAGAAAAAAAAUUGAAACACAAUAUACAUAUUUGCCAAGACACCGGGAAAGCACUCGACUGGCAUGGGGGAAACGUGACCCCGACCCCUUUGAACCGCAAGACUGUAACGAGGAGAGAUCAAUCGGUUGUCUGUACCUAACGUCUAACUUCACAUUGCACAGCGCUCAUGUAAAUUCCAAUCUCAACGCAUUCUGUAAACUCUAUGAUGUCGGCGUGAUGCAUGUUAUUAAGGAUAGUGAAACAGAACCGGGACCAGCGAUGCCGUCAACCGAGUGUUCCUCGACCAUUGUGGGCAAAGGUGGCAAGAUGACAGCAACGGCUGUUGUGAAUGGGGAUGCAUCCAUGGACAGUUUGUCUGAAAGCAGCACUGACCCCAAGAUCACUAACGGACACCAUGGAAACAGCCCCCUUUCAGCAGGAGAGCCCCCCUCCCCAGCGAGCCCUAAACUGAACGGGGGCGCGGUCACACCAGAAGUUAGCCUUACAAACAAGCCUCCCAGCUGUAAGAAGAGAAGCAGGAGAAACUCUGACCUGGAGGACAAGACCUUGUGGGAUUCCUCCUACAAUGGGGCAAAAUUGCAGAGAAUGGCUGGCCGGGAGACAACUCUCCGACAGAGACCCCCUCAGCGGACAAUAUUCCAGGCUGGACUCACCCCUUGCAGUAAGGCACGAAGCAGCACAAGCAGCCCCAAACCAAAACCGGAUCUCAACAGCUGUGUGGUGCAGAAUGGGCCACUCUACAGCCCUGUGAGCCCCCAUGUCCCUCCGACCCCCACCCUAGAGCUGAUGGAACAGGAUUCCAAAGACUCGGCGCAGAGCAGCUCCACGUCCACCUCCCAGGACACAGGGACCCCCCCCGAAUACAAGGAUAAUAAAGGCUUUGGGAUCGGGGAGCUGGUGUGGGGGAAGAUCAAGGGCUUCUCCUGGUGGCCGGGGAUUGUGGUGUCCUGGCGGAUAACGGGAAAACGACAGGCCUCUCUAGGAAUGAGGUGGUUGCAGUGGUUUGGGGAUGGCAAGUUCUCCGAGGUUUCAGCAGACAAGCUGGAUUCGUUCAUGGCCUUCCCCAAGUACUUCACUCAAGCUUCAUACAACAAGCUAGCCUCAUACCGGAGAGCUGUCUAUCAAGCACUUGAGAUGGCAGCUGACCGGUCCGAGAAGAUAUUUCCCCCUUGUGAAACAGACAACCCUGAUGACCUGGUCAAGACCAUGCUGGAGUGGGCUAACGGAGGGUUCGAGCCCAAAGGAUCUGAGGGACUUAAACCUAAAGGAGAGAACUGGUCCCUCAAUCACCAUGUUUUUGAGGUCAGCGUCCUAGAGUAUUACCCCCCGGUCAAGAAGCAGAAAACCAACCUGUACAAAAGCAAGGUGGGGAUUGAGGAACAUUACAGUCGAGAACAAAUGGUCCAUGAAGUUUUGAAGAAUAACAGAAGUAUAGAAGAAUUCUGCCUAUCUUGUGGGAAAACGAGAGUGGUGACUUUUCAUCCGCUUUUUGAAGGAGGCCUUUGCCAAACAUGCAAGGAUAUCUAUCUAGAAAUCUCCUACAUGUAUGAUGAUGACGGGUACCAGUCAUACUGCACUGUGUGCUGUGGGGGACGGGAAGUGUUGCUCUGUGGCAAUGCCAACUGCUGUAGGUGUUUCUGUGUUGACUGUCUAGAUAUCCUAGUGGGCCCCGGGGCCUCAGAGAAUGCCAAGGUGCUGGACCCGUGGCGAUGCUACAUGUGCCAGCCUGCCCAACAGUAUGGUGCCCUCAAACAGAGACAUGACUGGAGCAUCAAGCUGCAGGAGUUCUUCGUCAACGACAACGGGCAGGAAUUUGAAAGCCCAAAAAUGUACACUGCAGUUCCUGCAGAGCAGCGAAGGCCAGUAAGAGUGUUGUCACUGUUUGAUGGUAUUGCCACUGGGUAUUUAGUUUUAAAGGAUCUUGGCUUUAAGGUUGACCAGUACAUCGCCUCUGAGGUCUGUGAAGACUCCAUUUCAGUGGGAGUGGUCCGACAUGAAGGAAACAUUCAAUAUGUGCAUGAUGUCAGGAACAUAACAAGGAAGCAACUUGAAGAGUGGGGUCCUUUUGAUCUGGUGAUCGGAGGAAGCCCUUGCAAUGACCUCUCAAUAGUAAACCCAGCUAGAAAGGGUCUGUACGAGGGCACAGGAAGGCUGUUCUUUGAGUUUUACCGCUUGCUGAAUGCUGCUAAACCGAAAGAAGGAGACGACAGGCCGUUCUUCUGGUUGUUCGAGAACGUGGUGGCCAUGGGGGUCAACGAUAAAAGGGAUAUUUCUCGCUUUCUGGAGUGCAACCCGGUAAUGAUUAAUGCCAUUGAGGUGUCAGCCGCACACAGAGCUCGAUACUUCUGGGGCAACCUUCCUGGAAUGAACAGGCCCUUGUGUGCUUCAGGCAUGGACAAGCUUCAGCUUCAGGACUGCCUAGAGCAUGGGAGGAUAGCAAAGUUCGGAAAGGUGCGUACCAUCACGACGCGGUCCAACUCCAUCAAGCAGGGCAAAGACCAGCAUUUCCCUGUCUUGAUGAAUGGAAAGGAAGACAUCCUGUGGUGCACGGAGCUGGAAAGGAUCUUUGGCUUUCCGGUGCACUACACUGACUUAUCCAACAUGGGCCGGGGCGCGCGACAGAAGCUGCUGGGCCGAUCCUGGAGUGUCCCGGUCAUCCGACACCUGUUUGCUCCUCUUAAGGACUACUUCGCUUGUGAAUAGAGACCAAUGAGCCUCUUUUUUUUUUUUUUAAGAUUGUCUACUUGUUCAUCAUUCAAGUGUUUUUAGGAAGAAGAAAACAUUACUGGUCCUUUUAGACCUUAUAGUUCUGUAUUGCUAACAAAAUAUAUAUAGUUUAUUGAGGGUAGUGGAAUAGGAUAUAAUGGGAUGUGGAAAUUGAUCUAAUAUCUCACAGUGUAUAUUCGUACCUCAGAACGUUAUGCUGCUUU